ACACUAUCAAGAGCAGCAGGCACUUUUCAGCAGCUACUCCGUGCACGUGUGAGAUCCGAGAUCCGAUCCGAUUCCGUUCCGUUCCCCUCCGAGCCGUUGGUUGCACUUAAAUCCGCGAUUGCGAUUCCUGAGCGCAACACCUUUUUAUUUAUUUAUUAUUAACACCCAUUUGCAGCCGGAAACCAUGCCAUCCGAUGCCAAGAAGCGCGAUGCGCAGCGCAAGAAGGAUGCACGCAACAAGAAGAUCCAACAGAUACCAUCUACAAAGAAGACCAACGGCACCACCAACGGCCAGCCUCUGGACCGUGAAAUGACCGAGGAGGAGAAGCUGUGCGCCAAACUGGAGGAGGAGGCCAGGAUCAGUGCAGAGGCUAGAUCCUGUACCGGAUCGUUGGCGGUUCAUCCGCGUUCCCGUGACGUUAAGAUCGCCAACUUUUCGAUAACGUUCUUUGGAUCGGAACUGCUGCAGGACACCAUGCUGGAGCUGAACUGCGGCCGGCGCUACGGUCUGAUCGGACUCAACGGAUGCGGAAAAUCAUCGCUGCUGUCAGUGCUCGGUGGACGAGAGGUGCCCAUUCCCCCGCAUAUCGACAUCUUCCAUUUGACGCGCGAAAUCCCGGCCAGCUCGAAGAGCGCCCUCCAGUGCGUCAUGGAGGUGGACGAGGAGCGCAUUAAGCUAGAGAAACUGGCCGAGGAGCUGGCCAUGAGCGACGAGGACGACGCCCAGGAGCAGCUCAUCGAUAUCUACGAGCGACUCGAUGACAUGUCCGCCGACCAGGCAGAGGCCAAGGCGGCCCGCAUUCUCCACGGUCUCGGAUUCGACAAGGCCAUGCAACAGAAACAAGCCAAGGACUUUUCAGGUGGUUGGCGUAUGAGAAUCGCCCUCGCCCGUGCCCUGUUCGUGAAGCCGCAUCUGCUGCUCCUCGACGAACCGACCAACCACUUGGAUCUGGACGCCUGUGUGUGGCUGGAGGAGGAGCUGAAGGAGUACAAGCGCAUCCUUGUGCUCAUUUCGCACUCGCAGGACUUCCUCAACGGCGUCUGCACGAACAUCAUCCACCUGACGGGCAAGCGACUGAAGUACUACACCGGCAACUACGAGGCCUUCGUGCGCACCCGCAUGGAGCUGCUGGAGAACCAGAUGAAGCAGUACAACUGGGAGCAGGAUCAGAUCGCCCACAUGAAGAACUACAUCGCCCGGUUCGGUCACGGUUCGGCCAAGCUGGCCCGUCAGGCCCAGUCCAAGGAGAAGACUCUGGCCAAGAUGGUGGCCCAGGGACUCACCGAGAAGGUAUCCGACGACAAGGUCCUCAACUUUUACUUCCCCUCCUGCGGCAAAGUGCCGCCGCCAGUUAUCAUGGUGCAGAAUGUUAAUUUCCGAUACAACGAUGAAACGCCUUGGAUCUACAAGAAUCUAGAGUUCGGUAUCGAUCUGGACACACGUCUAGCCCUGGUGGGACCCAACGGUGCCGGCAAAUCCACGCUCCUGAAGCUGCUGUAUGGCGAUUUGGUGCCCACCUCCGGAAUGAUUCGCAAGAAUUCGCAUCUGCGCAUCGCCCGCUACCAUCAGCACUUGCACGAGCUGCUCGAUCUGGACGCCAGUCCGCUGGAGUACAUGAUGCGCGCCUUCCCCGACGUCAAGGAGAAGGAGGAGAUGCGCAAGAUCAUCGGCCGGUACGGUCUGACAGGUCGGCAGCAGGUCUGCCCCAUUCGCCAGCUCUCCGAUGGACAGCGUUGCCGGGUCGUGUUCGCCUGGCUGGCCUGGCAGGUGCCCCAUCUGCUGCUCCUCGACGAACCUACCAAUCACUUGGACAUGGAGACUAUCGAUGCCCUGGCCGAUGCGAUCAAUGACUUUGAUGGCGGUAUGGUUCUUGUUAGUCACGAUUUCCGUUUGAUUAACCAGGUGGCUGAGGAGAUUUGGGUGUGCGAGAAGGAGACGGUUACCAAGUGGAAGGGCGGUAUUCUCACCUACAAGGAUCAUCUGAAGAGCAAGAUUGUCUCCGAGAACGAGAAGAAGGCCAAGGCGGGAAAGUAGAAAGGCGCUUGGAAAUGUUUAGUUACGUCGUAGAUACAUGUGAAUCCCAAACCACACACACCAUACACACCAUACACACCAUAUACACCUGCAUACACACUAG